CAAUGUUGGUGUUCAUCCUAUGACCCAAAUGUUGAUGCAAGCGCAGUCAAAACAUGGCUCGAAAUUUGUUUUACCGUGCUGCUAAUAUUGUCCAACUCAGCAGGUUUACACUUCUAGUUGGGUCAAAGUCACUUUGUACGCAAAUUCCGGCGGAGCCAUUGACUGUCAGACAGCAAAACAAUGGAAUAAGGAGUAUAACCUUGAACAACCCGAAGAAGAGGAAUGCCCUGUCUCUGUCCAUGCUGGAAUCACUAAGAGGCAACAUCCUGGCUGACAUCGACAGCGACGACCUCAGAGUCAUCGUCAUAUCAGCUAAGGGUCCAGUGUUCUCCUCUGGGCAUGACCUGAAGGAGCUGACGUCAGCACAGGGCAGAGAUUACCACUUCAAGGUGUUUCAGGCCUGCUCAGAGGUUAUGACCCUGAUACAAGACAUUCCUGUGCCUGUGAUUGCCAUGGUGAAUGGGGUUGCCACAGCAGCAGGAUGCCAGCUUGUUGCCAGUUGUGAUAUUGCUGUGGUGACGGAGAAGUCCACCUUCGCCACGCCAGGGGUCAACGUGGGUCUGUUCUGCUCAACCCCAGCCGUGGCAAUAGGAAGAGCUGUCCCCAAGAAGGUUGCCAUGGAGAUGCUGUUCACAGGAAGCCCGAUCUCGGCUCAGGAUGCUUUGCUGCACGGGCUGGUCAGCAAGGUGGUUCCUGAGGAGCGUCUAGAGCACGAGACGUUAGCCAUCGCACGGCGGGUCUGUCAGGCCAGUCGGCCCGUUGUAGCCCUUGGCAAGGCCACCUUCCACAGACAGAUGGCCCAGGGUCGGGAUGCGGCCUACGCUAUAGCCUCUCGUGUCAUGGUGGAUAACCUGGCUCUCAGAGACGGACAGGAGGGGAUACGGGCCUUCAUAGAGAAACGGAAGCCUGUGUGGACAAACAAAGCAGAGAAGGCCCAUGAUUAGUGAUAUCUGCUGGGCUGGCCCACCAUGGCAUGUGAAGGGUCAGCAGCCUCUGGGCUGGAGAGGGAGCCUGUGGAUGGUUGAGGUGUUAAACUUGCCCCCAGUUGGACCUGAACCCAUCACAGAACACAUGCUCGAGGAGGACAUUUUGAAACGAAAUCCCUGUUGAUUGUUCACCAAUUUGUAAGUCGCUCUGGAUAAGAGCGUCUGCUAAAUGACUUAAAUGUAAAUGUAAUUGUUGUCGUGAUCAGAUGAAGGGAUACUGCAGGGCUGUCUUAAGUCGCUCUGGAUAAGAGCGUCUGCUAAAUGACUUAAAUGUAAUGUAAUGUAUGCCCUUAGGAGGGGGUGAGGUGAAGGGUCUUGGAAAGGUAGAUACUUGAGAUGCACCAAUGGUCAAGGGACUCACAGAGGACAUCGAUUGGGCACUUCUUGUGACAGAAUGUAAAUGUUUAAAGGGGCAUUCUGCAGUUGAAACAAUUACAAAGCUGCUACUGAUUUGGUAAAAAGCUGAUGGGAUGGGACUGGAGAAAUGUAACUACUCUAAAAUUCAUAGACAGAGGACUGGCCAUCCAUGAGAUACAAAUGAUAUGUUUUGAGGCUAUACAUUGUUUACAAUGGUGUAAAACAAGCUUAUAUUUGUAUUUCUGAUGGGGUAAUAAGUCAUGAACUUAAGCUCAUGAGCAAUGUAUUAAGUUGUAUUCUUCAAAAAUCAAUGGGUAUAUAAAGUGCAUUCGGAAAGUAUA